AUGAAGCCUUUUUUGCGGAAGAAGGCCGAAUUACAGAUAUCGCAAAACCAAAAGCUAAGAGCUGAGGUAGAAGCUGCGGAAAAGAGAUUUCGACGUUUACAAGAGUUAAUCAAAAUUCAGGAGAAGUAUUUGAAUUACGAAAAUAAAGAUGAACUUUUAGCACAGAAGGCUGAGUGUGAUGCUAUUCUGUUUCAAAUUGAAAACUGGGCGGCAAAGCAUGGAUUCUCUGAGCGUCUUACAGUAAUCUGA